AUGUCUCAUGAGAUCUCAGAAGAAGUUCUGAAACCUCAUGAGGCAUUGAGACCCGAUAUCAAAACUCUGACCGUAUCAGAACAGCCAGACUCGUCUCCUCCGUUUGCAUGGUAUCCGCAUUUCAAGUUCAUUACUUUUUCGGGCGGUAACGUCGCAUAUAGUACCUUGAACUUAUGGCAAUCCGGAACGCCUCAGCUUUUCAAACUCAGUUAUUUCCCACUUGCUUCGCCAGCCCAUACGAGCAUAUGGAGCAACAUGAACAUGCACUUCCACACUCCUCCAAACUCUACCAGGGGAUCUACUCCUGACUAUGAGGGCAAGGAUGAACUUAGGCAACAUACCGCUGGCCUUUUGCACAAACUCGAGCAGGAUAGCCCCCCUGCUCUCAACAAUAUGACUCCGAGUCGUCCUCCCUCACGAAAUGUACACACCACCUUGAAACAUGCAAGGUCACGAUCACUUGACUCAACAUAUGAUUCAUCUGAUGAUGGUAUAACUGAACCAAUAACCCCUCCUCCAAUACUAUGCCAGUUAUCUCGUUUUGUGAAGCGCGCAAAGACGGACCCCAAGCCUUAUCAGAGGGAUGUUGCCGACGCACUCGGUUCCCUUUUUCUUGAAAAUCAAUCAUGUCCUGACAACUCUGCGAGUCAGGGCAACGUUGAGCUUGAGGAUGACUUGCAGCAGUUGUCUCCCGAGGCCGUGGCUCAAGCUGUUGUCACGAUGCACGCUGAGGUUGAAUUCAGGUGUGUACGUGCUCUGGCAAGAGCUCAUGAAAUCAAUGCAACAGCUCAAUGCUUGAGGUUACUUCACAUGGUUCUUGAGGAUGAAGGUGAAAUAUACGCAAAUGCUGCUUUAGAACCCUUGGACACCUCGAUUGGAGAAAUCAUCAAGUGUACCAAGAAUCAGACCAGAGACGACAUUAAUUUAGGUGUCGCCGCAUAUAGCAGAGAGGUGAUGUCCUUCGCUGCUGCAGACUCACAGUUGGAUCACUUUGAGGGUACCUGUUACGACUGGGAUAGGUCGAGCUGUCUUAGUCCGAGUGGACUGAGAUUCGGCGAGACAGACAUGGUUCUUCUCUCGAUUGAGAGGUCAAAGGUUUCUGGCUAA